GGUUGGCAGGUCUGACUCGUCUGUUUCUACUUGGCCUACUCUCCGUGUGUUCCGCAUGGAUUUUCGCAAUCAUCGCGCGGAAUCGCGGUAAAAACUCGCGAUUACGUUCACGAUCGAUUAGGCUCGGCUGCGCGGCUAAUGAACCUAAGUGUGACGAUGCAAGGCGCUACAGUCGGCAGUCGGCAGUCCGUUGCAGCGUCCUGUCUGAUCACUCCGAUCGUGUAAUUGACUCCGGAGGCAUUGUGAAAAUCGGAGCGACCGUCGUCGGAGCGGACGGUCGCCGCGGAGUGCUUUUCCUGAAAAAUGUGGCGGUGCCAUCGGCGAAGAGCGUCAUCCCGUGCGAGCGAAUACGGCAUCGUCGAGGAACGAUUGGCGGAAGACUCGAAAAGUCCAACGUACUUCCUCGACUUGAGACCUCGCGAGAAUUCGCGUGCGUAUACGUGCGCAUACGUGUGCAAUAGCGCACGGCGUAUAUUUGGUGCAGGGCGGGCUGUUCGCGCGGGCAUCCCUUCUGUCAGUCGAAGUGGGUGAAACUCGUAAGAAAUGAGACACCUGAAUCUUCGCUGAUGGAUAGACGCUUCAGACGUUUUUUCUCAUUGUUAGUCGAUGAAGCGGAUUUUUAAUUUGGUUACUGAUGUCGGUCAUCCUCUCGUGUUAUAAACUGUCCUGCUGUAGUGCUGAAACUUUGUGAUUAUAGAAUUUAAUACCGCUUCCUUAGAGGACUCAUUGUUGUUAUAGACUGAACUCGCAUUCAUCUCGAUCCUGACAAUCUACCGACUGAAAUAUUUUGGAAAUUAGUGAAGUUUUAUUAGACGAGUUUUAUUAAAUAUUUCUUUCUUAUGGACUGUAAGUGACUGCCGUAAUUAUCGCGUACCAUACCGGCAAUCGAAGCUGUUCUGUGGAAAAAUGUGUUUAUUUAAAAGUGCGAAAGGAUAUAAGCAUCAUUAAUCCAAGAGCAUUUGCAUAUUGCGAAACAGAUAUUGCAUCAAUUAACAUAAAACGAGUCAUUGUAUUAUUAUCUUCAUCUUUUCAAGAAGUAUUAUUAUAUUAAAUUAAAGAACACGUUUUGUCUUCAGCAACAUCAUGGACGAUGACAUCGAUGAUAAAGAUGAUACAAAGCGAAAAUCGCGUAAUCUCAGCGAAAAGAAACGCAGAGAUCAAUUUAACAUGCUUGUGAAUGAGCUUGGUAGUAUGGUUAGUGCCAAUACGCGGAAAAUGGAUAAAUCCACGGUGCUGAAGUCAACAAUUCUAUUUUUAAAGAAUCAUAAUGAGAUAGCUGUUAGGUCGAGAGUCCAUGAGAUUCAAGAAGACUGGAAACCAUCUUUUCUUUCUAACGAAGAAUUUACUCACCUUAUAUUAGAGGCGUUGGACGGAUUUAUAAUGGUUUUUUCUUCAAACGGACACAUUUAUUAUGUCUCCGAGAGUGUUACGUCUCUGCUUGGAUAUCUUCCGAACGAAUUGGAGAAUACAACUAUUUAUGAUAUAACAUAUCAAGAGGACCAGCCGCAGUUAUAUAAUGUCUUACUGAAUCCCGGGAGCACACGAGACAGACGCAGUGUGAAGAAAGAGGACCAAAUUACUUUCACGUGUCAUAUCAAAAGGGGUGGACUCGAUUUUCGGGAAGAAUCUAUUUAUGAACUUGUACAGUUUAUUGGAUACUUUCGUUCUGCUAUGGAUAACGAUGUUGACAAUCUAUUGCCAAAUCAGAAACUUAGUAAUACCAGCGGAUCAGAUAACAAAUUGGUCUUCGUGGGUACGGGACGUUUGCAAACUCCUCAGCUUAUCCGAGAAUUAUCCGUAACGGACAGUACGAAGUCAGAGUUCACAUCUCGCCAUAGUCUUGAAUGGAAAUUCCUAUUUUUAGAUCACAGAGCUCCACCUAUUAUUGGGUAUCUGCCUUUUGAAGUUUUAGGCACUUCUGGUUACGAUUACUAUCACGUAGACGAUUUAGACAAUGUAGUUACGUGCCAUGAAUCAUUGAUGCAGAAAGGCGAAGGGACGUCUUGCUACUAUAGAUUCCUCACGAAAGGCCAGCAAUGGAUUUGGCUGCAGACCAGAUUCUACAUCACUUACAAUCAAUGGAAUUCGAAACCUGAAUUUAUCGUGUGCACGCAUUACGUGGUCAGUUACGUCGACGUAAUGAAGGAAAUGCGCGCGGAAUCGGGGGGUUACGAUAAAACGCAAAAUCAAGACAUUUUACUGCCUGUAAAACAAGUAAUGACAUCUUGUCAAACACCAUUAACGCAAUGGUCAAACAAAUCAUCGAGAACGUCGAAGUCGAUGACAAUCGCUUCCAAUCUCCGACAUCGCGGUGAUGGUUCCAAUACGUCUUCAAUAUCCGUUUCAUUACGAAGUUCACCUCACUCACAAAUAACACAUGGAUCAAGAUCGAACGCAGCUUCUGCAAGUAGUUCCGUGGUGUCAAAGCCAAUAGCAUCGGUAGACAGUAGGCAACAGCAACAAACGCAACAGCAGCAGCCACAGCAGCAACAGCAACAGCCGCAACAGCAACCGCAACAACACCAGCUCGAUCAAUCGUGUAUAAAUUUUAUGGAUCCCGCGCAAUAUGCAACAGUUAAUCUGCAAUCGGUCGUCACAACGGGAUUUGCAGCGCCUGCUGCUCCAAUUCUUUCAUCCGUACCCACUCAUGAGAUGUUACAUCAGCAAGGUAUAGUAAUGACUCCUGCGCAGAACCAAAUACAAGACGAAUUACAACGGAAACAUGAAGAGCUACAACAACUGAUUGUUCACCAGCAAGAAGAAUUAAGAAGGGUCUCAGAACAAUUGUUUAUCGCCCGAUAUGGAAUUCUCACGCCGUUAUUAAAUACUGGUAUACCGUAUAAUCCAUCGAACCCGUGUCAACAAGCAAGCCGGUGUAAUAUUAAUAAUACUAAUGUACAAUUGCCCACAUCCAAUAGCGUACAAGGCGUGAACGUACUUCCCAUACCAAUUACUGUGCCAGUGCCUAUAGUGCCUACGGAAUUAUUUUCGCAUUCCUUACAAGUGAAUUCGUCGCCAGGCUCAACGCAUGGCAAUGUGGGCGCUAUAAUUCAAACCCAACAGCAACAGCAGCAUUCGCAACUGCAACAACAACAACAACAACAGGGGCCACCGCAGGAAGGUAGCAAUUCCGAUCUCGUGCCUUUCCAAAUCUGUCCACAACAAGCCGAGAUGAUGUACAGUAACUUGGAGGCGUCUUCGAAUCAACAGCAAAGAUCUUCGCAAAAUUAGAAAAGACUUUCCUCUUUUUAUGUAUUAAUUGUAUCUAUAACAUUAAAUAGGCAAGAAAUUUUAAUCUUCGAAAACUUAAGAUUUUUCGAAAUUUUCUCCCAAGUUUAUGUUAUUUAUUUAUCGCUGUGAAAAAAUUGGCUUACAAUAUCUAUUGUUACACUUACAAAUAUAUUGUGGACCUACCGUUUUUUUUUUAGAGAGCAUUGCAAUUUUUGUAAAAAUUGUUGUAUGUUUCAAGUGUACAAAAAUAUUCUAAGAAGUUAUGAUAAGAACAUUUGUGUGAUAGCGGCAGAUAUUGCAUAAAAUGUAACAAACUUUUAACAUUUUACAAUAGCGUGCAAUUUUUAACAUAUUGACUAUUUCUUGUUCUACGAUUGUUGUAUAUUUGUUCAUAAUUUCAACUAUGUUUCUCUCGUGCGAUCUUCAGCGAUCUUUAGAGAAUAAGGGACUUCCAUAUAAUGACUAUCUUACAAUUCUAUUUUCAAGAAACUCUUAAAAACUAUAAUACGAGGCAAUGUAAAGCAAAGUAGUAUUGUGCCACGCAAAAUAUGUAUUACAUAAAAUCAGAAUUUAUAAAAGUUAAUUACACGCAUUGUAAAAUAAUUUCUAAAAGAGAUAAGUUUUGAUAAGGAAUAAUGUAGCUUUUACUUAGAAUAUAACAUUUAUUUAAAUUUUGGAAAGCUUUCCAUAUUACGAUAUAGUACGAUGGAUAUUUUUUUAAUACAAU